AUGAAUAUUAUAUAGAAAAAGAGGGAAGAAUUUUCCAUCAAUAUAAGAAAACAAAAACGAGAAGAAGUUUUCAAAUGUAAGAGAAUCUCAAAAACACAAUACUUGCCAUUUUCUAAUACUACAACUAACUUAUCAGAAAUAUAUUAUAUUGCAUAUCACUAAAAAUAAUGUCCAAAUGAUGUUUAACUUAAUGAAACUAUAUAAAAGAUUUAGAAAAUAUCAGAAUUAGCGGAUACUUUUAAUGAAAGCGAUUGUGAUAAGAAUUAUCAGACAUCUUCUGAUGUUGAAAUGAUAUUUGACAUUAUCAACUAAGGAUAUCCAGUAUUAGAUAGAGCUUGUUUACAAAUAUUAUUAGCGUUUACAUUGCCAAAUCAUUCAACGUGCAAACCUAUAUUAAAAUAUAUACCUGAUUUGUUGAAGCUUUUCCAUGAUACAUAAUAUGAAGAGCUUAAAUAAACUGUUCUGUUUAUAUUUUCAAACUUAGCAGCAGACUGUUAUUAAUGCAGGGAUGCCAUUUUAAUUUAUGAAAUACCUUAAGCAAUAUUCAAAGCAAUCUAUUAAACCAAAAAUGAAUUAAUGGAAGAUCUAGCUUAAAUUAUUAUCAAUAUCUCAAGAACUCAGCCCCUAAUGUCAAAUUUUAACUAAAUUUAGAUGAUUAAAUUAUGUUGGGAAUUAUUUCCUCAUUUAUUAAGCAAUGAAUCAAUAGUAGGAAUCUUGUAACUAAUAUAUAAAAUAUGUUUGAAAGAUAAAAACUUAUUAGAUCUGAAUUUCAUAAAUAAUCUCUGUUAGAAUAAAACAUAUUCAGAUCUUUACUUAAAUGAAAUAUUAUCAUUAAUAAAGAUAAUGUCAUAUUUUGACAGAAAUCGAUAUGAACCAAUAGAAAACAAUGUCUUAAAUUUCCUAAUUCUUAAAGUUAAUUAGACUUUGAUUACUGGAAAAUAAGAGAAAUAUUAGUAUAAGCCAAUUAACAAAGUGUUGAGUAUUUUUACAAAUAUGAUCGUUGAAAACCCAAAAAUAAUUUAUAGUAUUCUUAAGACUAAUAUCGUGUAGUUAUUUUAAUUUAAUGACCAAUUAUAAGAAGCUAAUAAGGAGAUUUAUGGUAGCAUUUAUUAUUAUUCCUUUUAUUAUUAGAUCAUUAGUGGUUUAAAUUAAAGCGAAUUAAAACAAUUGAUAUAAUUAUUCUAACCGAUAUAACAAUUGAUUAAUUUAUUGGACAAAAAUAUGGAUAAUACAGAUAUUAUCGUUGAUAUCUUAAGAAUAGUAGAAGGGAUCUUACAAAAGAACAUUGAAGCUAUCCCUAUAUUCAUAUAAUAAAAUGGAGAACAAUUCUUAGCUGAAUUAUCCUAACAUGAAGAUGAAGAGAUAUAUAAUUUAUGCGAGAACAUUUUCGAAAUAAUCAAGUGA